UUGUUUCAUUGCAGAAGAGUUUACCGAGAGCUACAGUGGUUUGAGCACAGGGCCUUCCCCCCGUAUGUGCUUUCGCUCUGCGUAGCUACGGAUGGUUUGUAAAUGGAGUCUAAGAAAUUUUCCACCACACGUCUCACGGAUUUUGCGAAGAAACUGGAUUUUAUAAACUGAGUCGCCAUUUCAAGUCGGCAGAAUGCCGGAUAAGGACACUGAUUUGCCUAGGAAUCUAGGGACAUUAUAGCCAUUAAGACUGGCUUAUUCGGAUUUACCCGAUCGGACUGUUUCUUUGAUCAAGUUGGGUCAUUGUGGAUGAUGGAUGGCCGAGACUUCGGACCCCCCAGAUCUGUUCACGUACCGCCGCCCCUUCUCUCGGGGCUGCCCAUGGAGUCACACCGGCUCGGCGCGGCGGCUGCGGCCGGCAGAAUGCCACCGUCUCCCGGUCAUCUGGGCGCGGGGCACCCGGCGGCUCUACACACUGGAAAAUUUCUUUCAUCGGCCAUGAACCUACAUUCUCACCACAGUGAUGCCUUCCCAGGUGCCUCUAGCCCAUUCCUCGGCGGAUACGUCAGCGCCUCCAGUGCUCACGGGUCGUCAGAUCCGGCCUUCCGAGCCCCAAACCCAGCCAGCCUGCAAAUGGCCCAGCUCUGGGCCUCUCACCCUCAUGAAGGUUUUCCUCAUUUGCCAAGCAGUUUGUACCCCAGCCCUUACAUUCCCUUGGGCCACCUUGAGCAUCCACAGCUCAGCCAACAUGCACUCUUUGACUCACAAAAAGAGGGGUUUUACCUGCCAGGUUCAGUGCACUCCCAGUCUGCAAUGGCCAGGAGCCCAGUGGCUCACAUGCCCGGCUCAUUCUCCAGGGAAAAGGAGGCCCUGCCUCCUCACAAAAGCUGUAAAGACUCAAGUAGGGAUCUGGGAAAAGAGAAGCCCUGUAAGAGUGACCUCGGCCACUCCCUCCCAAGGAAGGAACGAGAAAGGCCAAAAGAGGAGUCACGGCCCCACAGUGUGGUGGACCUCACCUUGGAUGUCAAGGCGGAAGACGAGCGUAGAGUAAACAACUCGGAGAGGUCUGCGAAAACUGCUGCGCACGCUCGUCCUUUCUCUCGACAGCACUCGCCUGCUCUGAGCACUACGGACACUAAACCCAAACAAUCUCACCAGAGUUUACUUGGCAACUGCGGGACGAGCAGCAGCACGCCAACCCGACACCCGAGUACGGAACAUGACAGGAGGGACAGGGACCGGGAUGACGAAAACAGCCGACUGGGGGGCCACCUUUCCUGCGACAAGCAGAAAAGAAGCGAUUCGGUUGCUACAUCAGCUGGCACUCUGCAUGUGUCCUAUGCCAGUCCCUCUUCCUUGCAGCCCAACCCAUCCCAUCUCCCGCCCAGGCUGGUGUCCUCUGGCACCUACCCUCCCCCUCACCACAUGCCACCCAGCAUGUACCCGCUCUACUCUACAGCAAAAGAGCCAGGCAAAGAACACAGAGUGAUAGCUCCUACUUAUGUGCCUUCUGUCGAGGUUUACGACGAGCGAAAAGGGCCAAUUCAAAUUGCCUCCCAAGCUCGAGAUAAUAAAAAUGACAAGAGCAGGGAGAGGGACUCGCACAGAUCAGCCCUGCAGGUGGGGAAUGAGAGAACGCAUAUGGACCAUGGUCGGUCCUCCGUUAGGAGCGAGUCUCCCCCUCAUGGAGACGUUAAGAAAGACAUUUUACGAGAGGAAGGCUCGAUAAUUAGGUCAAAUGGUUUGGCCAUGAAAAAGCCCUUGCAUUUGGAAAUGUGCGCACACAAAUCUGGAAACAACCCAGAUGCCAGGGACUUAUCCAACACUACAUCAAAACACAUGAUCAAAACCGGACUUGAGUCCGAAUCCCGCAGCCAAGAGCGGGAUAGGGUUCAAAGGUCCGCUCAUCCGUUUUCUGGAAUGGAUCCAGCUACGCUCCAUUCGGAACAGCAUCCGUUGAGGGCCUUGGGUUCCGCCGAACCCAAGUGGAAGCCUUUCGAGAUGGGCAAUUAUGCUACCAGUCACAUUGCUGCAUUGGCGGCCCAACACACCCAUGGCACUCGAGGUGAAGAAGAGGGCAAGCGAAUGUACUUGGAUACUACUGGCUUACAUAGACCAGUAGGCAGCGGAGGAAGUCCCAAGGGCCACGGGGAGGUUUCGGCCAUGCAGAGCCUCAUCAAGUACAGUGGCAACUUUUCCAGCGAGUCUGGCUCCAGGCACGGAUCUGAUAGCCGUAGUUCGUUUGGAGGACUGGGCAGCAUGAAACUGGAGGCUGGUUAUCCCGGAGUGUCCAGAGUUCAGCACCUUCCGCCCCAGCAGUCUGGAAAGCAGUUGAAGAAGGAACCCGAGAGACCUGAGAGCGUUAAAUCCUUUGGCAGAGAAGGAAGCUCUUCUCAGGGGGAAGCCGAGGUUCGUCAUCCACCGGUAGGCAUUGCGGUGGCUGUUGCCCGCCAGAGGGACAACAGCAGCAAACCCAGCUCGGUAUCGGACAGGGACAGGUCGAUUCUUGGAGGAGCCAUCAAAGGUCCAAUCCACACAGAGGAAGAGCGAGGAAACGAGAGGACACGUCAUGGGGACGAGCGCCUGCUGUCGGGACGUGUGGAGCGUGAGCAGGAGAAAGUGUUAAGAGAGAAUAAAGAGUUGGCAGACUACACCCAGUUGCAUCCACCUAUGGUGCCUGCUAGCGGACUGAACCCCAACCUGAUGGUGACUGGUGGACCGACUCUGGCUGGUGCGGGCCGCUGGCCUGCUGACCCUGCCUCCCACCUGGCGUCCCACCCAUGGCUGACCCGCCCAGGAGCCCCCACCAUGUGGCUGUCUGGUUCUCCAUAUGGUCUGGGUCCCCCUUCCCUUCAUCAGGCGCUGCCUCCAGGAUAUCCUCCUGCCUUGACAGGCUCCAUCCCCCCACCUUACCAGUUUGCCCGAGAUCCACAAACCGGGCAGGUGGUUGUUAUUCCGACAGAGCAUCUGCCACACUAUGCUGAGAUGUUAGAGCGAGGCCCCCCGCUGUGGUCGGCCAUGUACCCGCCGGCAGGAAGCACUCUGCAGCAUGCCCAUCAGCUCCAGCUCCUCUCCCACCAGCAGCUCCUGCGCCAACAGGAGCUCUACAUGAUCCAGCACCAGACCGCACAGGUCAUGGAGCUGCAGAGGAACGCACAGUUAGUGGAGAGGUUAAAUGCAAGUCAAACGAGGACAGAUUUGGAGGAAAAGCCAGAGAAGAGAGGAGUCGAAGGGGCCAAAUCCAGUCUCGCAGGCAUCCCCACUCCAGCCCUGCACUCACGCAAGCCUCCCCCACGCUCCCCGACCCCCUCCACCUCGUACAGCAAAGCCCUGACGCCACAGCCCGUCCCACCGCUGCCUUCACCUGUCACUGCACUGAAGUCUGAGGACAGACCCAAAGUGGAGAAGUCCCUUCCUCAACAGCCCUACUCCCAUCCGUCGUCUCCUGUUCUUCACUCAGUCAGCCCUGCUUCAGCAUCGCCCUCUCCUACCUCCCCCAUCCAGACCAAAGAGGAGUCUGUGGAAGUGCCUGAGAAAGAACCACUCAGUCUACAGAAGCAACCUUCUGCUCCCUUCCCAUCCAUGUACCGUGAAAUUCCUCCCGGCUACCCGUACCAAUCGAUAACGGCACCUUUCGGCAGCCAUUACCCCUACCUCCUCCAGCCGGCUGCUGCCGCAGAUGCUGACGGCCUGGCGCCAGAUGUGCCGUUGCCGGCUGAGACCUCCGAGCACUUGGCGACCGCCGCAGAUGUCAAACCCCAGCACUUGUGUUCUCCAGUGGUUGUGGAGCCACUUCAGGCAUCCAGAGAGCCAGAGUCCAUGGAGGAGGGCGGCACGGUGUUCAAAAAAGAGCCAAACCUGGAAGACAACAAAGACGUCCUGAGCCAGAACAGCUCGAGGCUUGCACCCAUCACCACUCAAAACUCUAGCACCCCCACAGAGGCUGAAGCUCACCCUAGAGGCAAAGCCACACCAUCGCCAGAGGAGGAAUCAGAUGAGGAAGAUAGGGAGGCUGUCAAAAUCGAAACUGCCUCCUCAAGCCAUUCAGGGCUAUACGAAACAUCUAGGCUGGACUCUGAGAGAACCACCAGAGCAGAAACUGCAGAGGCCUCGAUUAGUCUGGUAGACCAAGUCUACAAAACCUCAUCUAGUUACACGGAUGCACACCAUGUGGUUUGUGACAUCCAACCAGCAAAACCGCCCUUAGAUCUCUCUGAUAGCCUGAACCCAGUAGACCUCAGAGAUCCUGUCCCGGAUGCUCCACACCUGGAGUCCAAACUUGACAAUCCUUUCCUGCCUAACAGCAGCCCUCCUCACCUUCAGCCCUCUUCCGCACCGGUGGCCAUCCUGCCUGAAGACCCCAUGGCAGGCAUGUUUGCUCUGGUCACAGCCAGUGAACUUCCGCAGGCCGGAGCGGUGUCCAUCCUGGCAGAUGCGUGUAGCUCUAGAUCUGAGCUCUGCGCGGGUGUCAGUCCCCUAGAGUCCACUGCUCUGGAAGGCAUGGCCCUACUCAGCCAGAUGGCAGAGCUGGAGCUGGAGAUGCAGAGGCAACCCAGAGAUGACACACAGGCUGUAAUGCUCUGUGGACUGGAGAGUCUGCUGGAAGCUGGCAGGCAGGUCCUCCUGGAGGCCAUCGAGUGUCAACCUCAGGUUAUCAUCCGCCUCCCCCGAGAGCUCAACCCUAAUAAGAAAUACAGCUGGAGACAGAAGAAAGAUGAAACUAUGUUCUCCAAAUCCUCUUUGGAGGGAAUGGACACCGUAGAAGUGGACUACCGUGUGAGACUCACUGAGCUUCAGCAACGUUACAAAGAAAAGCAACGAGAGCUAGUCAAACUGCAGAGGCGGAGAGACAAAGAAGAUAAACGUCAGCAACAACAACAGCAGCAGCAACAACAACACAUCCAGCAGCAGGAGAGGAACAGAAGUUUAGCCCGCAGGGGCCCGGGACGUCCCCGAAAGAGGAAACAUGGCCUAUGCGCACUGUCUCCACCCUCCAGCAAGCUGGAUUCGAAGUCUGCAAAGUUGGGCAGAAGCGUGCUUUACUCCGAGGACUCAGAGAGCGGGGAGGUGCUGAGGAAGCGCUUUCGGGCCUCUAACCGAGAUGAGGAGGAGGAGGAGGAAGAGAGUGCGUUGAGAUUGAAGAAGAAAAAAAAGAGCUGGAGCGAGCAGGAGGCAUCUUCAAGCUUCUCUCAUGAGGCAUCUAAAAUGGCUGUGAAGAAGAGCCGAGUGAGCGAGCAGGAGCAGUUGGCAUCCAAACUCGACAAGGCCUUGUCCCUCACUAAGCUCAGUAAACUCAGCAAGCCCUCUUGUAAGUUCAUAGACGGUUCCUUAGGGAAGUCCAGGGCUAGUUCUGGAAGCAGAGUCCCCAUGCUCACCGAUAUAGACAUGAGAGUCAAUAUGGGAAAAUCCAGCCUGUCGAAAGAUCUCAGCAUCUUUCACAAGUCUUCCAAAGGAGGUAAAAGCAAAAUGGCAGCCAAAACGAAGCCUUCAGAUCCAUGCCUUAAGGGAAAAGGCCAGCGGAAAGCACCUUAUUCUCCAAUGAGGUCAGAAAUCAGCAGCUAUUCUAACAACACAGAUUCAGAAGAGGACGAUUCCCUGAAGGAUGGCUGGCCUCCCAGCUCCAUGUUGGGAAGAACAGGGUCACGUCCACAGCUCCCCGGCCUGUGCAGCACUCCAUCCAAGAAAAAGCGCUCAUCGUCCAAGAGAGCCUCUUCAUCUUUGUCUUCAUCACUCAAGUCCAAGCAGGCGGCCAAAGAGAGGAAACAUAAGCACUUUGCUUUAUUGCUACAGGAGGCAGGAGUCAGCUCCUCUGAGGACUCAUUUGACCAAGAGUAUUUUACCGAACGGGAUGAUUAUGAGGAUGAUGACGAGGAUGAAGAUGGGUAUGAUUACGAGCUUGAUGAAAGCGAUGGCCUGUGUUCGUCAUCCAUAGAAGAAAGCGGACUGGGUCUUCUGGCCCGCUUCGCCGCCAGCGCUAUCCCGAGCCCCAUUGUCACCAAUCCGCUCUCCAUUGUCCAACUGGAGGCUAAACAGAAAGCCAAGAAAAAAGAGGAACGGCAGAGUCUUCUGGGUACAGAGUUCGAGUUUACGGAUUCUGAGAGCGAUGUUAAGAUGAGAAAGAAGUUUCCGUCGCUGUUGCACGGCAAACGGUCGGCUCCUGAGCUCCCGCUCUUGCCGCCCGCGAGCGUCAUGCGUGACGACUCCAGCCCCAGCAAGCGUGGACGCAAACCCAAGAAACCCAAGUCUCCCCAGGAGUUCAGUUUCGACCUUACCGCUGACGGGAGCGAAGACGAACAGUGGACGCGACGGAGAAGCGAACGCAUCUUCCUCCACGAUGCAGCCCAAGCCAACCCCAUCUCCCCGUCCAGCAAAACUCCUCUUCCGCUUACUCCCAAACCCGCCCGUGGCCCCAAAGUCCCACAGAGCCCUAAGGAGCUGGCCAAAGGCAAGGAAGCGAAAGACCCCAACAAGAAGAAGAGGGUUAAGGAGACCCCCCUGUGUCUGCCCCCACCCCAGCUCUCCAGCACUCCCUCGGAUGGCACCGGAGCUCUCCCUGUCAGCCCAGGGCGCAAGAGCAAAGUGAAGCCCAAAGCCAGAGAGGAAUUGGGGCAAAAUGUGCUUGAAUUCCCCCAGCAGGCUCGAGGGAAGGGCGGUGCUGUCAGCAAACUGAUGGAAAGUAUGGCUGCUGAUGAGGACUUUGAGCCCAACCAGGACAGCAGCUUCUCCGAGGAUGAGAAUCCCCCUGUGAGCGCUCAGCCCGAAAGACCCUGCACCCCCGCCCCUCGGAACUGUGUCAUUAACAAAGAUGAACUGCAGGAUGGAUUACGGGUCCUCAUCCCUAUGGAUGACAAACUCCUGUAUGCCGGCCAUGUCAGCACAGUUCACUCUCCUGAUAUAUACAGCGUGGUGGUGGAGGGCGAGAGGGGGAACAGGCCACACAUCUACUGCCUGGAGCAGCUGCUACAGGAGGCGAUUAUUGAUGUGAAACCCCCCUCCGUUAGAUACCUUCCCCAGGGGACCCGGAUUGCAGCCUACUGGAGCCAGCAGUACCGUUGCCUCUACCCUGGCACGGUCGUCAGAGGGAGCCCAGACAUGGAAGACGUGGACGAUUUGAUUACAGUGGAGUUUGACGAUGGAGACACUGGCCGAAUCCCGCUCUCUCAUAUUAGGCUGCUGCCGGCGGACUACAAGAUUCAGUGUGCAGAACCGUCCCCUGCGCUCCUCGUGGCCAGCACCAAAAGGCGAGGGAGGAAGUGCAGUAAGGAUGUACCUGAUGGCAAAGAGACACCACCCAAAAACACAGAGGAGUCAGCUCCGAAAAGCAGGGGCAGAGGAAGAAAACCCAAACCCAAGCCAGAGCCUGAAGUCGCUCCAAAGGAGCAUGAAAAGCCUGACACACCAACCCCAACGCAGGUCCCCGAGAGGCCCCUGUCCGGCCAGAAAAGCGGCCCACGGCCAGGUAGAAAAAUUAAACAAGUCGGCACAGCCAACCCCUCCAUCCCCGUAUCUAAUGAAAGCCAGAAGAAAACCACAGGUAUCAAGCCCCCAGCCAAAGUGCGUUCCCAGCUCCAGUCUGUCUACUCGCCGCCGCUCUAUGGAAAAGUUCUGUCUGUGGAUCUCUAUAAUGAGCCUUCCACUUCUCUGGCCUCCUUUAUAUCCAACAAUGAGACUGCGAGUCCCGCGGGGAAAGGAAAACCGGUCAAACGCUUGCGAAAGCCUGAGGAGGAGGCAUCUGGGUUUGGUGUGAAAACGCAACGCAAGCAACCGCAGACUGAGAUCCUUAUCAAACUGGACCAUGAGGGGGUCAUGUCACCCAAAACCAAGAAGACCAAAGCCCUCAUGAUGAUGGAGGGCCAAAACCUCUCCAAAAGAGAGAAUAAGUCUGUCAUGGGUGUCAGCUACACUACAAUAUCCACUGCAGACAAGACACUUAAAGCUAAAAACAAGCCGAGUGAGGCAGACCCGCCUACUACAGAGAGCGUGUCCACCUACAGUGUUCGUAAGCUUGGCAGUGGAAGCGAGGGCCUGAUGAAGGUGAGCAAAUCAGGGGAGAAGGACAAGAAAGAACUGGAGUGUCCCAACUGCAGUAGCAGCAGCAGCAGCAGCUCGGAGUCUGAGGGAGAAGAGGAGCGAAGGGCCUCGCAGGAAAAGAAGCCCAAACAAGACUCGACCAGCUCCAACAGCUCGCGGGCAUCAAGUCCCACCUCUUCCAGCUCAUCCACAAGCAGUUCUUCAUCCUCAGCUGGUUCUCACUCCUCCUCCUCCUCCUCAUCGUCCUCCACCACCAGUGAUGAAGAAUCCUCCUGUAGCUCAGAUGAAGAAGCCGUUGCUGUUUCUCAGUCAUCCCCAGCCGCAGAGCAUGUACCACCUCAAGAGGAGGAAGACGAGAAGGCCAAGUCAAAAACGGGGCCUGCUGCCAACAUCCAUAAGCUCCAGAAGCAGCAGGCGUCUGCUACACAGCAGCAGAAGCCCCAGAAACAACAGAAGGUGAAGCAGGGAGUAGGUCGCCCCAAAAGACGAGAGGGAAUCCACCUCCCAACUACUAAGGAGCUGGCAAAAAGACAGAGGCUACCCUCCGUCGAGAACAGGCCCAAGAUCUCCGCUUUCCUUCCUGCCAGACAGCUGUGGAAGUGGUUUGGAAAGCCUACUCAGAGGCGGGGAAUGAAAGGGAAGGCAAAGAAGCUUUUCUACAAAGCCAUAAUGCGUGGGAAGGAAAUGAUCCGUAUUGGAGACUGUGCCGUGUUCCUGUCUGCUGGCCGACCCAACCUCCCCUUCAUUGGACACAUCCAGAGCAUGUGGGAGUCCUGGGGAAACAACAUGGUGGUCCGUGUCAAAUGGUUCUAUCAUCCUGAGGAAACCAACCCUGGAAAGAAACUUCAUGACAAAAAGAACUGGGAUCAAAUGUCUGGCCAAAGUCUUCCUGCUGUUCUGCAGACUUCCAACCAGAGAAAAGACUUCAUGGAGCGGGCCCUCUACCAGUCCUCUCACAUCGAUGAGAAUGACGUCCAGACCAUUUCUCAUAAAUGUCUGGUGGUCAGCCUUGAGCAAUAUGAGCAGAUGAUUAAAACUAAGAAGUACCAAGACAGCGAAGACCUCUACUACCUGGCUGGCACGUAUGAACCCACCACUGGAAUGAUAUUCAACACAGAUGGGGUUCCUGUAAUCUGCUGAGGAUCAGCAAAUGAGAUGCGUGGAACCAAACGAAUGAGACACAAGGGCUAGACAGAUGUGUUGGCUUCACCCAAAGCCCGACUAAUCAGACGAGUACAGAAAAUGUCCCGACAAAGACACAAGCAUCCGUUGAGAUCAGAGACCACUUCAUCAGAUGCCCAUCAUUACAAACACGAUGGUGACGGUAUUGUCAAAUCAACGCAAGUGUUUGGUCUUCUAAUGGAGUACUUUGCUUCAUGAUUGCAGUGGACAAAUGAUGUUCUCGGGAAUCUUCAGUUGAAGAGUAAAACGUGGCAAAGAAAGUGAAAGCGCGUCAAAAAUGUCUGGAAGGUCAACUGCAUCUGCACCGCUGAGCCCUGUUUGCCUCAGCCAUCACCGGUGCAGCUGGAAUGGAGGUGACACCACUUCUGCAGGACUCAUUCUCCGGGUGAGAAGGCCUGCUUGGAACCAGCUUCUUUGGCCGUGGGACCAACAACGGAAAAGAGUAAUUAAAGCUGACAGGCCAUGUCACACUUCUGCCCAGAGAGUCGUCCCCACCACACGCUCCGCUGUCCAGUUACUACUGGUAGAUCCCUGGCAGAACUUCAAGGGCUGGCUAAUGAACUCAGACGGGCAAAACGAUAGCAGACGUAAAGCUGCAGCCCAUGUGAGAAGCACUUAAAAGAAAGGACUUAACUGUGCUCUGUGAGCCUGCAAGGACUGUUUAUUAAUAGGAAAGUGUGAGUCACUUUUCCACCGAGUGGCCCAGUAGAUCUAUCAGAAUAUUUAUAUACGAUCCUCGGCAGAAAGGUUUCUUUUUACGAGUCAAGGGCUCCACUGGGACGGAAACAGAUGCAGAUGACGCUCGUUUGUAAAUACAUGCAUACAAGCUAUAUACGAUAUGGACAAAGAUAUUUUAUUUUCAUGUACCAUAGAUUUAUGUGACAGUACAUUUUUUUAAAGCAGCAAAAGAUAAAAAAAAAAAAGCUUUAAUAAACUGUGAAUAAUGUUUAAAAUGUUAACAAAUAUCAGGAACUAGUUUUAGAGUACAGAUCUUGUAAGUCGUUACUGGAAUCUCAGAUGCCCACUACAUUGACGACGCAAUGUAAUGUAAUCUUGAUAUCAAAACUACUAUUACAGGACAAAUGGUUCGUGGGGUUUGACAGUGUUCAAAGCCAGUUGUCCCAUAAUGCAGUUUUACAACAGAAAGCACUUAAAUUCUGCCCUUGGUCUUACACGGGACAGACUUCCCUUGACAAUCCCCUGUUCAGGUGGACGUGAAGCGCUUUGUGGGAAAACCUUUUUAGUUCUCUCAUUGCUUCUCAGGGUCAGCGAGAGAUGGAGAAUGAGAGUUUAAAAGCACCAUAUAAUCAGGCUACGCUUGCUUAUGUCUAUUUUACUCUGCUUUCUCUUUUUUCUGGAAUUAUCCCCCACAGAAAGCAAUUACAUCUCAUGCAUGAAAGCACUUUCUUCGAAUAAACAAAUAGCAGCAGCGCAGGUGACGUUAUCUGUUAGCGCUGAAAGUCGAAAGCGGAGUUGUUUUUUGCCUUUCUCACGUCUACGUUUUUCUCCAUCUCGACUUUUAUUCCAAGCCGUUUUCUGGUUCGUUAUUAAUAGCCUUAACCUUGGUCCCUAAAAGCUGCCGUGUACCGGCAGAAUCAAAGUCUGAAUGUGGUGUUUGAAAAUAGGUCCUUCUGAUUGAUAUUGUGCUCCAGAGAAAGUGCCAUCAGUCAUCAGAGGCAGUUAGGACCAGGCUAUGUAUUUGCUGCUUCUCUAAUCAAGACCAGUCAAAUGUAUUUGAUUUAUGGCAUCCUUACAUGGAUGAAGAGACUAGCAAACACCUUAUUUGCUUAAUUGUAACUAUGGUUCUUAUUUGUGCCUCAUUUUUACGGUUCAGAGGAGGUAUGAAUGUCUUUUUCAUUUGAAAGGUUGGGCAUGUGUUAGUCAAGUACGCGUGUUGUUUGAUGCUGGAAGGAAAGUGUUCUUAAAAGUUUGUCAUGUCUGUGUAUGUUUUUUUUUUUUUUUUUUUUUUUUUUUUAAAAUGAAACAAACCAUUAGAUGAUCUGUACUGAUCUUUUUGUAAACAAUUAUGGUUACCAAGAUAUAUAUAUAUAUAGAAAAGAUGAGGUUAGAGGCUACUUUUUUGUUGUUGUUGUUAUUGUUGUCUGCAGUUGCCCAGCCAAAUUUUUUUUUAAACUCUGUAAUUCUUUCUACCUCCCACCUUGGUUCUGGUUCUUGGUUUUUGUUUGAUAUUUUCUCUUGGUGGUAUUUUUCCACUUGUGAAAGAAAUGUCACUGCAUGUGGGCUUUUAAACCAUUGCCCGUUUUUAAUUCUUUCACCACGAUGAAUACCCUGAUGUCUCUGUGAAUGAUGUUCAUUGGAUACGUAUUGGUUCUUUCUGUUGUUUUGUUUUAUUUUUUCCCGCAUUUUUAGAGGGAGAAUAGUGAGAUCAAGAAGGGUAUGGACACUAGAGACUUCCAGUCUUUGCGAUUGGAAAAUAUUUGGCCUACUCAGUAUUUUGGAAAUUUCUUUAUAUUAUAGAAAUGUUGACACUAUUACGUAUAGUAGAACCGUCUGAAAUGUCUGAAAUAUAUAUUUUUUUCGUGUACGUUUCAUAUUGCAUUGCCCAGUCUCUCUUAAAGAGAUAUUAUCUUGUUGAUAUUCAAUAGGUUGUAUUUCUUAACAUGUUUUAUCAUUGUAUGUGUGGUCUCGAGGCUUAAAACGAUAUUCAGCCUAUUCCGGUUCGGACUGUUUUUCUAAGUCACCUAAUUUGGUUGAGGAUUUUACACAUACCCAAAGCUAAUUCAAAUGCCAAAUGAUCUUCGAAUGCACAGUGAAUCUGAAGCAACAUUAAGCAAGCUCUUUUUGAUUUGACACGAUCUUUUAAAUACAGAUCUGUGUUGAAUAUUUUUGCCUGUUUAGCGAGUUGUACAAUUUAAGUGCCCCUCAAAACAAACGUUUACUCGGAGCUUGAGUCAAGCUGAAAGCACUUUUUAGAGUAUUUUUGUCUGCAUGUUUUAGAAAUCGCAUAUAUGCUUCUAGGAAUAAUAUUAGAGCAAUCAACAAAAAGUAUAUUUUGCUAAUUGUGAUGUAGUGUAACGUGAAUGGAGGCCGGAGUCCAUCCCUUCCCCUUGGGUCACUGACUGAGACGGUGGCCUCUGCUGGUAGCAGUCAUGUGGGAUGAAUCGCUAAAGUCCUCUGCUACUCGUCCAGGGUCCGUUUGAGUGUAUCUUAUGAUGUGUAAGGUUUAACUGGCUUAUUAGAAAACAGUGUAUAGCCGAGUAGAAGCGUUAUAGAGUUCACUGUUUGCAUGAUUCUGUUCAACCUUUUUCUUUUCGUUUCUUUCUUUAUGACAUUCCCCCUCUCGGAACAAUCGUCCUCCAUGCUUAAUGUGCAAUACUGCUGAAUUUGGAUUCUGUGAGGUAGCUGCUAGUGAGGGAAGGAACGUGUUCAUGAAUGUGGGAGAUGAGAGAGAGAAAGUUAGUGUGGACUGGAGGCUGGUCCUUCACUGGUCUUCAUCUGCUGUUCCUUCAGCAUUGAUAUGGUCCUGUUACAAAAUAAAAAUAAUAAUAAAAAUUUAAAAAGCUAUAGUUUUGAAAUUAUUUGAAAUUUUAAAGCAUCAAGGUUUUGUAAAUGAUCCUUUAUGAGAGGGGGAGAUGAGUAUGGAUAUACUUUGUACACACAUUUAAUCUUGUAAAAAGCAAAAUUACAAAAUAAAUUUUUUUAAACA